CCCGAUCUUAAUUUCAAAGCGUCUAUGUGGGUCGCAUUAGAGAUAGUUUAUUUUCUUGGAGAAUGAAAAAGGCGGGAAAAAAUGACGUCACAUGUUAUGCAGGAAUAAAUGCGCAGCUCAUUGAAAUUCAAUGCCUGUUGCUGUUUGUGAGGCUGACGUCACGAAAUGUUUUUCUAGACCAUAAAAGAAAUUUUAAUGUGAAAGUUAAGUAGCAAAAAGAAAAAAAGGUUCUAUGGACCGAAUGGCCAAGGUAUAGACGAAAAAGGAUGCGUCAGGCGUUGUAACUAUGCGAUUCUAAAUAGGGAGGAAAAAAAAAAACCAGGGUUCGGGAGAGACAAACAAGUCAACAACGAGUAAACAACAACAGCUCCGGGGCAGCUAUUAACGAGUCAACAAGUGGGCUCGGCCGUCUCUGUCCGCAUUCGCCGUCGUGUAUAAAAGCGGAUAAAAUCAUACCGGACUCCAAUUCGAAUUUGAGAGCUGCUCAGUCAACAUCUUCUCUUAACAGAAAAAUCUCAGCUUGAAUAAGCUUUUUAUUAUACUAUGGCUUCCGAACUGCAGCCAAUGUACAGCUAUGGCAUCGACGUCAUCAGUAUUCUCCAAUCAUCGUUUCCCGAUGGAGAAAGCUUCUUUAUGGACGUUUCCAAAGUCUUUGAUCCAAAAUACGUCUUCACCAUCUACUUCCCCAUCAUUUUCGCUCUUCAAUGGGCCAUCGGUAUCAAAUUAUUAGGCACCAUCAUCGUCGUCGAGUGGCUUAACCAAGUCUUGAAAUGGUUGAUGCACGGUGACCGUCCUUACUGGUGGGUUCACGAGAUGGAAGUCACUUACAACUCGACGACGCUCCUGCCCGAAAUCUUCCAGUACCGAUCCACUUGCGAGACUGGCCCGGGAAUGCCAUCGGGACAUUCGAUGGCAAUGUCCGCUGCCUGGUACGUCGUCGUCCAGUCAUUCAUCGACCGUGUCGUCAAACCGUCCAAAAUGAGCGCUUCAUUGAAACAACAAUCGACGCAACUUUUAUGGGGCGCAUUCGUCGUCAUCCAGACCCUCAUCGUCAUGUCGAGGAUGUACAUUGCCGCCCACUUUCCCCACCAGUGCGCACUGGGUCUCUUUUUGGGUGUCUCUAUCGCCCAUCAAAUCUACGGCUCAUCAAAGUUGCUGAACCUUAAGCGCAGCCAAUGGCUUCUAGUCGCCUCAAUUAUUUUGGCCAGCGCCGUCGGGACCUACUCGUUCCUGUUGCUGACGGGAAGGAACCCGGCCUGGUCCAUCAGUCAAGCCUACAAGUGGUGUGCCAAACGGGAAUACAUUCACGUUGACACCACUCCAUUCUACAGUCUCACCCGCUACAGCGGAGCCGCUUUCGGUCUUGGACUAGGCUUAACAUCAAAAUUCUUUACCCAGACAGAGAGAACGAGCUUCACCCGAGUCCAAAUAAUUGUCACCAUGAUUUUGGGUCUUGCCCUCGGAUACGGAGCUGAACUUGCUCACGUCGCUAUCCCGAAAACAAACGAGUCGGUGUUUUACACGCUCGAGUUCCUGUUGAACGUCGCCUUCCCGUACAGCGCAAUCGCAUUGGCACCUUACGCCGUGAUGAGAUCUGGAGUUGGUAAAGCCAAGUGUUUGUAAGGCAGCCGAUUAUUUCCUGACCGAAAGUAAUGGGAUUGAGAUAACAUUCCUGACACACCGCUGACAGUAUUGAUUCGUUUACCCACUUACAUCCAUGUUUGAAUCACCCACUCAUAUUUCUCAAAUUUGUACGCUACCAAGUUUAUCGUUUAUUUGUGUAAAUACUUUGUACCUCAUUCUUUCAAUUGUUGUACUUUCGCAAAGAUUUAGUAGGAUAGUGACUGAGUCUCAAUCCUAGAUUAAAAUUUGUUUUCCCACAUGCGUGUGCCUUGCCAAUAAAAAAAGAUAAUUUGAUUGCCAA